GCCGACCUCGCCGUCCCGAGAAACACAAAUCCCGGGCUCUGCGGCAGAGAGCAUCCUCCGCGUCGAGAUCCUUGCCUGAGCAGGCAGGAGGCGGUGGUGAGGAGUCAUCAUGGCGUUGAGGGCGUCUCCCGCGUCGCAGGGGGCAGUGGCGCGGCCGUCGUGCGCGCGGAGGAGGGGCAAUGGGGCGUCGCCGGUGGUGGCCAUGGCGUCCACCAUCAACAGGGUCAAAACUGUCAAAGAACCCUAUACUCCUCCACGAGAGGUGCACCUUCAAGUUACCCAUUCACUACCAGCCCAAAAGCGGGAGAUUUUCGAUUCACUUCAGUCUUGGGCCAAGGAUAACCUAUUGAACCUCCUGAAGCCAGUUGAGAAGUCAUGGCAGCCACAGGACUUCCUACCUGAGCCUUCUUCUGAUGGAUUUUAUGAUGAAGUUAAAGAACUGAGGGAGCGGGCAAAGGAAAUACCUGAUGAAUACUUUGUUUGCUUAGUUGGUGACAUGGUUACCGAGGAAGCCCUACCUACCUACCAAACAAUGCUCAACACCCUUGAUGGAGUUCGAGAUGAAACUGGUGCAAGUCCAACCACUUGGGCUGUUUGGACGAGAGCUUGGACAGCUGAAGAGAACAGGCAUGGUGAUCUUCUUAAUAAGUACAUGUACCUUACUGGACGGGUUGACAUGAAACAAAUUGAGAAGACUAUACAGUAUCUGAUUGGUUCUGGAAUGGAUCCUGGAACUGAGAAUAAUCCCUACUUGGGUUUCCUUUACACAUCAUUCCAAGAGAGAGCAACGUUUAUAUCUCAUGGCAAUACAGCAAGGCAUGCCAAGGAGUAUGGAGAUCUUAAGCUGGCUCAGAUCUGUGGUACAAUAGCAGCUGACGAAAAGCGCCAUGAGACAGCAUACACCAAGAUAGUCGAGAAGCUGUUUGAGAUUGAUCCUGACUAUACAGUGCUUGCAUUUGCUGACAUGAUGAGGAAGAAGAUCACAAUGCCUGCUCAUCUCAUGUAUGAUGGCAAGGACGACAAUCUGUUUGAACACUUUAGUGCGGUGGCGCAGAGGCUGGGCGUCUACACUGCUAAAGACUACGCUGACAUCCUUGAGUUCUUGGUCCAGAGGUGGAAAGUUGCGAGCCUCACUGGGCUGUCCGGAGAAGGGAGACGAGCGCAGGAUUUCGUCUGUACAUUGGCACCAAGAAUCAGGCGGUUGGACGAAAGAGCGCAAGCAAGGGCGAAGCAAGGACCGGUCAUUCCUUUCAGCUGGAUUUAUGACCGCAAAGUGCGACUUUAAUCAAGAACUGUAGGCGAUGAGACUACAUCCUAUAACAGCAUAUCGUUUGAGUUCCGGGGUUCUAUGUAAGAAAGAAACAGCCUCUAGGUUAUCUAGCAGGGUAGAAUUCAGUUACUUAUCGUGGAUCACGCUCGCUCUAAGUAUAUUGUCUGUUAUCUUUAAAUUUUGAUGACAGCCAGACAGCGUGAGCCUGGUGAUUUGUGCUACCCUGAACCUGUAUGUCUCAGAGAUUGUUCUCAUUGAAUCGUGAUCUGAUAUCGUCUUUACAUGUUA